AUGUUUUUAAUUCAGAGCACAGCAAUAACGAACUACACGGGUAGAGCCAGUGAACCGACGCAAACUACGCUUUGCAGACGAGACAGCAAUGCGGUUUUUGACCAAAGUCCUUCGAAUCUCAAACGCUGUGUAUCCUGCGAACGAAGAGGUGACACUCCUCUUCCAAGAACUGCAAGCAGAAAACUGCGACGAGAAAAGAGCGAGCGCCUCGUGAACAGGAAGCCGAAGUUUAAGAGCCCUCCGAAGCCAAAAGCGAUUUCCGCUGCAAAGGAACGUCGUGGUGUAAAAGUACUUGGAAUCAUUCUAGGAUGUUUUACUGUCUGUUGGACACCAUUUUUCGUGUGAGU